AUUCCACUCUAUUGGUAAUAUUUAGUCAGUUUGUUCGAUGGUAUGCCACAGUUCAUAGUUAACUUUUUUAGUUGCAAUAAGAUAUAAAGAUGAUAGAAGACAAAACAGUUUUGCUAUGCUUACUUGGACUCUUGUCUACUUCAUACGCAUUCGAUGUACCCAAAAGCAGCUGUGAACUUAAGCCUGUUGAUGAGAGUUUUGCUAAAUAUAUGGAUAACCCUGGAAUAACAUUGAAUGAAUUUUAUUUCAAAAUGAAGAACUAUUCCCAAGAUCCUUUAUAUCAUAAUACGGGAGAGAAUUAUAAACUUUGGCGGUGGCAUAGAACCAGAACUCAGCAUGGACGCACUUUACUCAUGCUUUCGUUUCAUUAUGAUGUACUUUCAAUGACAAUAUUAACUAUUGGUGUAGAACCUUCAGAAGUGCUACUGCAAGACAACCCGUUUGGUUGCUUCGGUAACAUAACAGUUGACGAAAGGGGGGAUUUAUUACGAGAACUAAUACUCAAUGACUUUUAUGUAACUAAGAAAACUAGUUCUCAGAUUGAAUAUGAAUCUCAUACAAUGAGAGUUGUGUUUGCAUGUAACUCUGUUGUCAAAAAUUACCACGGUUAUGGAAAGUUUAUAAAUAGAUGUUGUAAUUUGGAACCUAAUGGAGAGUUAUUGUGCACUGAUCAAGUAGAAGACGCUUGGAUUACUUUGUUAUAUGUUUGCAUAACGCUUGUAAAAGUUAUGGUAUUUUUAUUUGGGCCGCUUAUGAUACCGAGUCAUAUGUAUGAUGUGUCCUAUAUGGCAUCACAGUAUGUUGUUAAACUUCAACAGGAACUUAAAAUGAAGCUUUUUGUCACCGAGAGUGCUCAGACUUCUGUACGAUAUAAAACAAGAUUAACAAUACAAGAUAUAUCAGAAUGGACCAAAUUCCAAGAAUUGUUAGGGCAAUUUCCAAUGGAUGAAGUAAUUCCAAUCAAAAUUCAGGAAUUGAAAAUUAAAGUUAAAGGGAAACGAGUAAUUCCAGAAAACGAACCCCCGACGGGUCUAUUGAAAACCCUUUUUGAUAAUCUAGUGCGUUGUAAGAUCAAAGCCUUGGACCCAUUUAACGAAUGUUGUGACCGUAGUGUGUAUGCCAAGUUUGAACCGCAGUUUAAGCAUAAAUGUACUUGGCACAUGUGUGCUCAGACUUUUAUUCGAGUACUUAUGGUAUUUUUAAUACCUAUUCCUUUUUAUAUGAGAAUAUUUCUGUAUUAUCAGUUCGAAGAGGGAGAGCUUUUAAAUCGACGUAAUUUUUCAAAAUCCCAAGGUUUAUCUGAAUAUUAUGACUUUUACAGAACAAAUAUCAUUCAACAUUUAUCCCCAACACAUGGAAUAUUCAUCGCUGCUUAUGUGUUUUAUUUUCUAGCUUUCGUUUCAAUCGCACUUCCAAGUAAAAGAGUGAGCGAAAAAGUCAAAUCUAUCGCACGAUGCUCAUUUCAAGACAUGCUUAAUGUUGAAAGAACCAGUGUUCUUCAAGUAUUGCUUAGAAUUGGACUAUGGCCAUUCAAAAACUGGGGUCUACUCGCCUUAUUAACGGCACCUGUAUACACAUGUGUGAUGGCGCCAGCAUGUUCUUUAAUCUUUGCAGUCUAUUGCUUACCGACUGUUUAUUUAACAUACAGACUUUUCUAUCAUGCUAGAAAUAAAAUUGACUACAAAGAACAAAAUGUGGACGACGAAUCGCCAUUGAUAACACGUAAACCAAGUGUGGUUAAAAUUAAGAAAAUAAAAAAGAACAUAACGAAAAUAGACAAAACGGUUCAUAAAAGGCUUAUGUCAAUAUCAGAAAAUGAAGAGCAUAUAUUUCCUUGUACAUGGGGUAGCGGGACAAUUUAUAACCUUCGGAGAUUUAUGGUUCAGAUUUUAGUAGGUGUUUUUUGUGUAUCGUGUUUAUACUCAUUUAUUUUAUUGGCUGUAGAGGCAACUGGUAUAUUUGUGGAAAUAAUGGCGUUUACCAUGAUGGGCAUCAUAGUGAAUGCUGGGAGUACUUUGAGAUACGUUUCAAUGGCAUUGUUAGUCUUAGUGUAUAUGCAUGAUUGCUAUAAUAAUGUUUAUGAAAGUUAUUUGACGUUUAAUAAAGCCGUUAUUGAUGAUAUCAUGGAUCGAGUAGAAGAUCUUAAAACGGUUGCUAGUUUGCCAUCCAGUAUGCAAGAAAGCAUUGGAUUUACUGUGAAGCCGGUUGAGGCGGUUGAUCGAAUUCCAACUGCAUUUAUGUUUGACAAAACCGAACCAAGAUGGCGAAUAGGCCAUCUUUUAUUGUUUUUGGAUUCAUUUGACACUCCGAGAAUACCACUUCGACUUUUCAAAAAGUUGUGUGAAGUGAGAGUACAUGGAGCUCCUGGACCAGUGUAUAUAAAUUUACUUCGAGCAACUGGUAAAUUCUUUAUAAUAGUGGUGUUUUUAUUCUUUGUUAUGAUUGUGGUUAUGGCAUUUGGGAACGUGCAUCAAAUCUCAUCAACCAAUCAAACGCUAGCUACACUAGCUGGCGGGUUUGUUCCGAUGCUUUUGAAAAACAUUUUGCCUCGUAAAUCUGUAAAAUUGAACCUUAAGACAUUGAGCUUUAAGGGGCAAAUAGAUGAAGUUAUUUGCGAAUUUAAACAAAAUUGGCCAGUUUGUGAUCUGGUGAUUGAAAAAGAUGAACCCGAACCGAAAAAUGAUGAUGAAGACGAGACUAGUGAUAUUGCUGAUGAAAAAAUUGGAAGUCCAGAAUUAAAGCGUAAAAAAAGCUGUGAAUCUAUUUUAGAUGCUAAGCCGGAAGACAAGGAGAAAGAAAAGGAGAAAGAAAAACCAAAAGAAAACAUUUUAGAAAAGUAUAUGAAAGAGAACGCUGAGUGGAAAAAUAAAGACAAAGAUAAGAAAGACGGCAAUGGAACAGACGACAGUGCACGCAAUUCAAUAGUAGACGAGAAUUUUGUUGAUCUGUUCGUCGAUCUCAGUGUAGCCGAAACAUCAGUACCAUGGCAGAUGCAUGGCUCCACAGAAUCGAUAGCUUCUGCUUCAAUGCUCCCCGACUCGGACUUUGUAACAAUGGAAUCCUCAUUUACAGAUACAAUGCCACAAAUCACAGUGGUUAAUGGUGACCGUAUUUGAAAAUGAUGAAAUUGCAAACAGUAUUUAACAGAUUUUCCAGAA